CCCAGCUCUUUCACAACAAAGGAGAAACAUCCGUGAGCUUCAACUUUACAGAGUUUCUGAGAAUGAUUUUCGCUUAACGUCGACUUUUUACUUGUUAUCUACCCCUCCUCCUUUAGUGUUUGCCCCGCUCUUCUGCACAGAAGUAUGGUAGAUAAAGGCCCCUUGCUGACUUCUGUCAUCAUCUUCUACCUCUCCAUUGGGGCUGCGAUAUUUCAGGUCCUGGAGGAGCCCAACUGGAAGCAGGCUGUGAAGCAGUACAGGGAGCAGAAGCAGAAAAUACUUGAGGACUACCCCUGCCUGUCCAAAGGUGAUCUGGAAAGAAUAUUAGAGGUGGUGUCAGAUGCUGCAGGCCAAGGGGUGACCAUAACUGGCAGUAGGACAUUUAACAACUGGAACUGGCCAAAUGCUGUCAUCUUUGCCGCUACAGUUAUUACCACCAUUGGAUAUGGAAACAUCGCCCCUAAAACCUCAACUGGCCGAGUGUUUUGCAUCUUCUACGGGCUCUUUGGAGUGCCCUUAUGUCUUACCUGGAUCAGUGAGCUGGGCAAGUUCUUUGGCGGCAGAGCUAAGCACCUGGGACAGUUUCUAACCAAAAAGGGGUUUUCAUUGAGAAAAGCCCAGUUUACCUGCACAGCAAUAUUUCUCCUCUGGGGCGUGCUGGUCCAUUUAGUCCUUCCACCCUUUGUGUUUAUGUCUCAGGAGGGCUGGACAUACAUUGAGGGGUUGUACUUCUCAUUUGUCACCUUGACCACAAUCGGUUUUGGGGACUUGGUUGCAGGUGUGGAGCCAAAUAUAGAGUAUCCAACUCUGUACCGUUACUUUGUGGAAGUAUGGAUUUAUCUGGGGCUGGCCUGGCUUUCUUUGUUCUUCAACUGGAAAGUGCGGAUGUUGAUCGAAGCCCACAAGGCUUUGAAGAAACGUCGCAAGCUGCGCAAGCUAUCUCUGGAAGAGAUGCGCCACUACAAAGAGUCUCAUAAGGCUUCUCUUCGCUUGCCGCCCACUCCCAACGAUGUUAAUAUCUUCAGUUUCUUAUCCAAGAAGAAGGAGGGCUACAACGAUUUGAUAAAGCAGAUUGGCAGCAAAAAUGAAGGUAGGACCAAUCACAGCACUGGUGACUCCAACAAGAAAGGCAAAGACAUAAAUCGCUCCAAGAGUUGCAGUGAUGCUCCCCUGUUCAAUGAUCACACCAUCCUCAGGCUGGACCGUUCGCCACGCCAAAAGAGACGCUACAGUUUCAGUGACCGUGUCACCGUCGUCUUUUCAAAGUCCAAGAACUACCUCCUGGGCUCUGAUAAUGGUUUAUUGCUAACAGAAGACCAGGUGGAGGGUGACCCAGAAAUAAACCAAAACCAAAUGUAUGAAAACCAACUCGACAAGGACAUCGGCGAAGAACAUCGAGCCAACGGAGACUGUGGGGCAGAAGGUCGGAGGACGUGGGACUCUAAAGAGUACCAUUCUCUGUCCUUCCAGAAUGCAAAUAUAACUUUCAUCGAUGAAGAAAACUUUCUGGGCAAUAACUUGGAGGAGGAAGAGGAUGCAGAGGAUGAUGAUUCUAAAGCAAAAAUCUCUAUCACAACAUGUGACGAAAACAUGGAAGCAAACUCCAAGGAGGAUCAGAGUUCUGAAUGUGACGGGUCCAUUUUUACAAGUGACGGUUCAGAGCACUGCCACUCCUAUGAGAAGCUGGUGGAGGAAUACACAAAGGAAGACAACACAGAAUCUUGAGCUGUGGAAGCUGACUAACAUAGACUUGAGGAAUCCUUUUAGCCCUCUAGGGUUGACUGUAAGUAUUUGUAUUACAAUCUGAAGCAUUCGAGUGGAUAUCAAACAUCUCGUCACACUUUGAAGCACCGUAGAGCUGAGAUCAACUUUCAAACGGACGAUCAAACUCGACACAAACAACGGACAACAGAGGUGUAACCUCAUGAGGAGUCAACAUCUCCUCUAUGUAUGACUUUCUUUUUCACAAGUUUCUUCUGACCUAUUCAAACAAGCAGCAGUUGUUCCUGAGUGAUUUUAUUCGUGCUCAUAGACUGAGGUUGUAUGUGGGAUAAUUGGUGUGAUUUUCCCAUAGUUUGAACUAUUUCUAUUCACCAUAUUGGUGCUUUUUAAUGAUAUUUAUUGAAAUGAAGGACAUUGUAGCAUUUGUUCAGUUGCUAUGUGGGUUUAUUCGUCUGCCAUUGCACAAUUUCAGUCAGAUCAGCGUGUAUCAAAGUCCACUCCAGGGCAGACUUGCUUUUACAACCUGAGCCAAACCUGUCUUACAAUGAAUUGAUGAAAGACAUAUUUUACUGUUUUUUGUUUUUUUUUGGUAUUUCAAUUAUAAAGGUAAGCUCUUGAUAUCUUGUCAGAAUUUGGUCUUCUAUUAUCAGCAACCAAACUGUGAUGUCUUCCAUCUGAGCCCUUACAUCAACUGAGAGCAAAAAAGAUUAUAAUUAUUAUGAACAGCAAGAAAAUGCAAGCUAUGUUGAGCCACUUUGAUCAGUCUCUUUAACUGUUUCUAUUUUGCUGCUGUCUGCAUCCCAACUGGCAGCUCUGCAUUUUCAGCGCAUGUCAUUUUCAUGUCAAAGCUUUCACAGCAACAACAUUCUUUUGUUCUGUCUCUGCACAGUCUUUGAAUUGAUUGUAUUUGCCAACAGCCCGCCAGUAGCCAAAAGCCAGCCCUGUCUGGGACAUGGCCUCGCCGCUCGUGUUUGCCUUUGGGGGGCUUGCCCCAUCACGAACGAAUGAAGCGCCGCUCCUGACAGGCAGCGAAGGUUAACUUGUGGCAAAUCAAUAAUCUCUUGACGUAUGUCGUUCAUAUCGGUGCUCAACACUGGUUUCAUGCGAGCACGAAACCAAGAUCUUCGAAACCUCCAGUUUUCAGUCUCGCUUUUAGAAAGUGCCUUUUGCACACAGUGUUUUGCACAAAGAUUAUAAAUGGUGUUACUUGGAACAGUAAAUGGGAGCAAAUAUCUCAUUGGGAGUUCUUUGGAAGUUGUCUUAUACGUUCACGCCAAAUUUGCUGAAACAAAAUGCUUGUAAUAAGUGGCCUUAUUUCAGGGUUGAUUUUUAUUUUUCAUGUGAACACAUCAAAUGCACCGUCUGACUAAUAUUACUGCCUUAUUGUUAUGUGAAUAGCCUUUCAAUCCACUGUGAAGCAGAGGAUGCACAAUUCAGAACAACUAUUGAAUGUAUUCUGCAGCAACUCACUGUAAAUGUAUUUUUUCCACACAUGGUGGCAUUUUAUUUUUUUCCUCUGGUAAAUUUCAUCACAGGUCCACAUCUGGUUUUAUUUUUUGUCUUUGCAUGUGAGCAGUCUCUUUUCACUGGUUCUUCAGGAUGCCUAUGCAUAAUUUGUUAUACAACCAAGGUACUGCUUUGGACCACAUUUCAAAGAAUAUAUCUAAGAUCCGAUAUUGUUCUCUACGUUGUGUGAAACUCCACUAUAGUUGUCUGUGUAUUUUUAUGGUUAAGUUAUUUGUAUUUGUAAGUUUGUACAUAAUUUUCAACAAAACUGUAUAUUUCUUGUAAAAUAAACAUUUAACAAGUA